CCAUAAUCAAUGCAUACACAUCGCCAAUUUUGACAUUUUCUCGCUCGUAAAUUGUAACUUCUGAGCCACUUUCGCGCGCUUAAACCGACAGCAGCUGUGGAAUUAAUGCCCGCAAGUGUGGAGCAGCAGCAGUAGGUAUGGACGAAGAGUAUUCAGCGUCUUCUUCGGCCGGCGGCGGCGGCGGUGGUGGCGGCAAGAAGGCCGGCGCGGGCAAGCAACACAACACGCUGCCCUUCUGGGGCAACGAGACCUCGAUGAACCUGAAUCCGCUAAUAUUGGCCAACAUCCAGAGCUCCAGCUACUUUAAGGUUCACUUGUUUAAGCUGAAAACCUAUCAUGAAGUGGUCGACGAGAUCUACUACCAGGUGAAGCACAUGGAGCCUUGGGAGCGCGGAUCCCGUAAGACCUCCGGCCAGACGGGCAUGUGCGGCGGUGUGCGAGGCGUCGGCGCCGGCGGUAUCGUGUCCACGGCGUACUGCCUGCUCUACAAGCUGUACACGCUCCGGCUGACCCGGAAGCAGAUCAACGGACUGCUCAACCACACAGACUCGGCCUACAUCCGGGCACUAGGAUUCAUGUACUUGCGAUAUACUCAGCCGCCUGGUGAUUUAUACGAUUGGUAUGAGGACUAUCUGCAGGACGAGGAGGAGAUCGACGUGAAGGCGGGCGGCGGCCAGGUUCUUACCAUCGGCCAAAUGGUGUACCAGUUUAUGACCAAGCUGGACUGGUUCUCCACGCUCUUUCCACGUAUCCCCGUGCCCAUCCAGAAACAGAUCGAGAAGAAGAUUGAGCAAUACUGCAGGGAGCAGGGCAUCACCAUCAAUCAAUUAAGCUCGGGACGUUCAGCGACAGGUCCGGGCGCUGGCAGUGGUACUGGAGCCGGAGAUGGCCAGGAAGGAGAUUACCAGGAGUACGAGGGCGGAGGAGGAGGCUCCUUUGAUCGUGGAGGUGGCAGUGGUCGUGGCGGAGGGCACGCUAUGGCGGGCUCGGGCUCAAGAGCCGGCGCCUACCCACCACCGAUGAAUUAUCGCAAUGAUCAUGAUGAUCGUGCCUACUACGCACCCGCCUCAGGCUCCUCCUAUGGCCGCGGACGAGGUGGCUACGAUGAUUACCCACCGGCGCCGCCGCCGCAACAAAUCCCAUAUGGCGGUGGCGGCGACCGAGAAAGAGGAAGGGAACGGGAUAACGACUUCGACCGCCAUCGCAGCAAGCACAAGAAGAAGCACAAGCACAGACAACAUUCGCGCAGCCGGACCAGAAGCCGCAGUCGAAGCCGCCACCGUUCGGAGCGGUACGAGCACAAGCGAGAUGGCGGUGGCUAUGAACGCAGUAGUAAAAGCCGCCACUACGACGACCGGGAGCGACGCCACCGGUGAAGAUAGUCGAUCCUGCGUCUUGCCAACCAACCAAUGACUCUUGGCUACAGUUGUGCUGCUCCUAACUGACAUUGUUUCACACUACCAUUAUACAUUUUUUUUAUUGAAAAACUACGCUACACUUUGGAGGCGGCGGACAUGUGCCCAGCCUCUUACUCAGGUUAAACACUUCCCGAGCCCACGACAUGAUUCACAAAUCUAGACACAAUCACACACUCUGACACCCCGACGCAAACAGACGGCAACAAGGCUACAGUGGCUCAUGGCUCAUUGAAAGCAGAGUUACAAUUUACUUCAAAGCUGUUUAGCGUAUAAACUAGAGGAGAUAUAAAUGUUAAAGCCGUUUUAAAAUUAGUGUUUUCAUAUAUAGGGUUCCUUGGUUGCUUUUUUCAUUUUAUUAGCUAACAUUUAAAACUAAAGAAAUUGCGACAGUUUGUUUUUUCCGUGUCACAGAAUCAUUUAAGACAAGAACUUUCGUGGACUCCCAACAAAUACAAACAAUACAAAAGAGAGCUCUAUACCCAAUAGAAGAAAUAUAAAUAGAGACGCAUAAUUGCAAACUAUAUUAAACCAACGUUUAAAUACCUAGAAAUUCAAUUAAAUGAUGGUGAAAAACAAAAUGAUAAAAGUAAUUGUUAAAUACCCUUAAUCCUUUAAUUACAACUAAAAUGUUUAAACCUAUAACAUUGAAUUUAAUUAGCUGUGACAUAGAAAAAAUCAAUUAUUUCAAAUUUAUUUUGUAUUAGGUGUUAUUUAAAGAACAUUUUUAAGGAAUAAGAAAUCGGUAUAUAUUUAUACUAACAUUUGUUCAAUAUCAAAUAUAGUUAAUGCGCUAAACCAA